GACAAACGAUGACGCAUGCCGCCGCCGUACCGCAUGAGCAAAGCGCACGACUUCCAGUAAACCUGUUUAUCGACAAGACGUUCAGACGAUCGUCGAGAUCAAGUCAGUCGGUGCUUUACCUCCACGAUCAACACACGUUAAGCAUAGGAAAUGAAGAGAUUAGUGGUGCUGUUAGCGCUUCUGCUUCUAUCCGUCAUUCAAUCGUCCCACGGCCAGACAUGUACCUGUGUUAAGAAGGAUCAAUGCAAAACUCCGGACAGUCUGGAUGUUACUGUGUUUCCAAAGAAUUCAACCCAGCCAGUUGGAUUGGACCCAGUUUCAUUUGAUCUGAGAGUGUCAACCAACGACGGAUGUGACUUACUGGAGACAUGUUGCGAAGAGAAAGAUAUCGUCGUUAGCACGCAGAGAAGUGAGGUCACAUUCGAUAGAUGUGGCGUUCGGCAUCCUAAUGGAAUUGGAUAUAGGCUGACCGGCGAAAAGAGUGGAUCAGCGCAAUAUGGCGAAUUUCCUUGGACACUGAUGAUCCUAAAGUAUUCAGAUUUACUUGGUCUUAGUAAGGAAGUGUAUUUAUGUGCGGCUUCGCUGAUCGCUCCAGAUUUGGCACUCACUACUGCUCAUUGUGUAAAUAAUUCAGACCAGUAUUAUGUUAGAGCUGGUGAAUGGGAUACCAGUAGCAUCAGAGAGUUAUAUCCUACACAGACACAAAAAGUGGUGCAAAUCGUAGUGCACGAGAACUACAACAUCUAUCACCACAAUAACAUCGCGCUUUUAAAACUAGAAAAGCCAUUUGAAGCCGAUCACAACGUUCAGAUCGUUUGUCUACCACCCCAGAGAAGCUUCGAUGGGUCGGAAUGCUUCACCGGCGCAUGGGGAAAGGACAAAUUUGAACAAGGAGUGCAGCAGAACAUUCUUCGUAGCAUAGAAGUUCCCGUUAUGCCUCACUCCCAGUGCCAAGCUGCAUUCCGGAAUACACGCCUAGGGCCAUCGUUCAUCUUGCACGACAGCUACAUGUGCGCCGGUGGAGAGGAAAAUGUGGACGCUUGCACUGGCGAUGGAGGAGCCCCACUGGUUUGUCCGGCUGAUGGUUCUCGGUACUACCAGGUGGGCAUCGUCGCUUGGGGAAUAGGAUGUGGCCAACGUGGUGUUCCCGGUGCAUACACAGAUGUAACCAAAUUUAUGGGCUGGAUCCGAUUAAAAAUGUUCGAGCUAGGUUCAAGUCUUGAAUAUUCUACGUUCUAAUAGCAACUACAUGAAUAUUGUUGCAGAGCUGAGGGUACUGUCUUAAGUUGAAACAGUAUAAUGCAAUAUGUCAUAAUUAGGGACAAUGGAAAUUCGCGGCAAAUUUUCUCAUAAUUCGCGGGCCAACAUUAAGAAUUUCGCGGUGAUUUCGCGGCUGUAUCAUUUUGACCGUAUCGUUGAAGAAAACACCAAUUUUGCAUGCGAAAUGAAUAACUAACUUAGAUAUUGUGAGGCGUAAUAGUAAAUUUUCAGAAAAAGUAGCAAGUUUGAUGAAAAAUCAGAAAAGAAGUGGAUGUAUUAAGCUUUUAUUUUGCCAGAUUCGGAAUCGUAAAUUACUUUACAAUGUUAAAAGUUAUCAGCUAAUUUAUGUUUAAACAUUUAAAAUUGGUGGAAUUUUGAUGUUAAUUUCUAAAUUUUCUCAGAUUUCGCAGGUUUUCUUAAAUUUCGCGACCAAUGCUUAAUUUCGCGGAUUUCGCGGCUUCCGCGAAAUCGCGAAUUUCCAUUGUCCCUAGUCAUAAUGCCACAGUCAAGCUCUUUUCCCUGCUGGUAUUUAAUCUGUAUUUAUUUAUUUCUUUACGAUAUGGUUUUGCGUCUAAAAUCAUACUUGUAUCUUUUAGGCAGCUAACACUUAGCGAGAAGUCUGUCAGAGUGCACUGAUCACAUAACAUUUUUUGAACUAACAAAUUUUGUAUUGCUAUGUUGAUCACGACUUGGUAAAGACGACGAAAUACACGAGUAAUGCUCCAAAUCAAUCAAAUUAGUAUCCUAGCUAUUUCUUCUUUAUUUUAUCACAGUUUUUCUUCAACCCUCUUGUUUCUAAACCGUAGAGACCAAAUUUUGAUUCGAAAGUUGUAUAAGAAUUCAAACAAACAGGAUAUUCCUCCAAUAAGUGUAAUUGAAUUAUAUAUUUACCAUUAGAGAAGCAUUGAAAUUCUUGGGCAUCCUAGGGCUGAAAACCUCUAUAAUAAAGUAAUAGUAAUAAUAAUCCUUGGGAAAAUCCUUUGCUUCGCGAAUGCAUUGCUCUUGUAUGAGGUGAUUGUUGAAACAGGUUAAAAAAAUAAGCGUGUUUGGUAAAUGUUUGACACGGUGCAAAUUAUCGUUCAAAGAAAACGAUUAUUGGAAACUACCAAGGGGCAUGCAACUCUAAACUUUUUCUAAACUGUAAUAAAAAUACAGCACCAGUAUUUGUAAUAUAUAGGGACAAUGAAAAUUCGCGAUUUCGCGGAAGCCGCAAAAUCCGCGAAAUUGACCUUUGGUCGCGAAAUGUGAAAAAAUCCCGCGAAAAUUGACAAAAUUGUGAAAAUACCUUAUAAAUUUCAAUUUUUUAAACAUAAAUUGACUGAUAUCUUUUGACAAUGGUAAGUUUUAAACGAUUCUGUAUCGCAUAAUACAAAUUUACUGUAUUUUCAAUGUAUGAUUCUUUUCUAUUUUUACGUCAUAUGUGUUUCUUUUUCGAUGAAUUCAUCAUUAGACCUCUGAAAACCAAGUGAAUGAUUUAUUUGGCAUGCAAAAUUAGCGUUUUCUUCAGAAAAACGGAAAAAAAUAUGGGACCGCGACAGUGCCGCGAAAUUAGAGUAGCCCGCGAAAUUUAAGAAAUUUUGCCGCGAAUUCCCAUUGUUCCUAAUUAUGAACAUUAUGCAACUAUUUUUCAUAAUGCAACUCAUUUCAGUUCCAUAAUGAACGAGUGCAGAAAAGUUGACCAUUAUGAUACCGAAUUGAGUUAUAUAAAAUUGAAAUUAUGAUACUGAAUUGCAUAAUAGUUAUUUAUGUGACGAGUUGCAAAAAGUUGAUUUUUUUCAGCACGAGUCGUACAUUUAUCCAACAAGGCUUGCCGAGUUGGAUAAAUACGAAGAGUGCUGAAAAAAUCGAGUUUUGCAACGAGUUCCAUACAAAAUUUUAUGCAUUAAUUUUUUCAUAAUGCAACUCAUUUGAGUUGUAUAAUGUUCAUAAUGCAACUCAAAUGAGUUGCAUUAUGAACAUUAUGCAACUAUUUUUCAUUAUGCAACUUAUUUCAGUUGCAUUAUGAACCGGUACGGAAAAGUUGACCAUUAUGAUAUUGAAAUGAGUAGUAUAAAAUAGAAAUUAUGACACUGAAUUGCAUAAAUAAAUUUAUAAAUAUAUAUAAAUAAUAUAUAAAUUUAUAAAUUUAUAAAUUAAUAAAUAAACGCUUUCUGUAAACACUCUUAUGUGAGCCAGAUUAGAUGUUUUUAAAAUAUAGCACAGAAUUAUUGUUGAAAAUGUUGUGAGAAAAUUAGGUAUACAGAUUUUCGAUUGGUUAACCCUAAAAGGGAUACCUGGGGUCCAUUGGACCCCAGGCGCCUUUCAGAGCUCGUCUUUGAUGGAACACACUCAGCGAGGUGACGAAACUGAGGUCAUGAAGGUAUCCCUUUUAGGGUUAAACAUCAAAAUGGGAUUAAUAUAAGUUAAAAUAAAUAGUUCUGUGUAGAAAUGAAGACGU